AUGGAAAUCAUAACAGCAGAACAAGAAGAACAUCAACACCAACCAUUCGUAUUCCCAGCCAACAAACCACCACCACUCAAGAACCAAGAACAACAACAACACCACCAACGUAUACACACCAGGAACCUCUCCAUCUUCUUCCCCCAUCCAGAGCAGAUCGAACUACGCGGACGAGCUGAGAAGGAGAAGCUGAUAGAGCACGAGAGCGAUGAACAAGUCCUCGAGAUCCCCUCGGCCAACUUGAUCGUCUGGGAUAACACCCAAUCUCCACCCUCAUCUACAAAUACUACCUCCCUCAGUGGCAGUCUCUCUGCAAGGACCCGAAGGGGCCAUCAUCACCGACACUCUCUCUCUCACAAUUUCUUCCCCUUCUUGUCAGAAAAACCGGUUUCAGGCUCGAAUGCCCAGACGAGUCAGAAAGAGAUCGAGGGAUGUUGUACAAACAGACAGGAGGACGCUAGAGCAGAUGAAGCAGACCAGAGAGAUAAGAAGGGCCACGAGGAGCCAAGGAUCAACCCGAGCUGGAGUUUCCCAAAGACACCGGUCACGCCGAAAUCCGCGCUUCCCAAGCCAGUACCCACCGAUCCACACAGCAGUAGUCCAUCCCAAAGUCUGCCGACGAGUGCUCCCAAGAGUUAUCGCCACCUCCAUCGCACCAUGUUCAUCCGCAUCCUCCUCACCAUCCUCAGCCACCCUUCCAAGCUCGUCCAGCUCAAGAUCCUCGUCGCCGCCUCCGCCCUGGCCAUCGGGGCCUCCCUCUGGCUCAGGGGCCAACAGGCCGACUGUCUCUCCCUCGCCGGCCUGGGCUAUCUGCUCGUCUUCGACGCCCUCGGCGCUUUCCAUGCCCUCUUCUUCCACCCCUCUUCCGACGACGGAAUCGAUAGACUCUGGGAAGCUUUAGGUCGUAAAGAUGGCGCCUCUAGCAUCAGAUUACCCUUUGGGAGGGCUAGAUUGGCUACCCUCAGUCUAUUCACCCAAGCCCUGUUCUUACUAUUUAGUGCGAUUUACGUGUGCAAGGAAGCUGUAGAACACAUGAUGAUGAGUCAUCCGCACGGCUCAGAGAACACGGGAGGAGGGGGCAGCCAUGUGGGCCACUCGGAACGCCACCAAUCAGAGAUGGAAGUCUCUUGCACGCUGGUCGGAUCCGCCCUGUUUCUGGUCCUCUUCAACGCCCUCGUCUCCCACAACCAUCGCUCGAUGACCCUCAUUGCAGCCGUCGGGAACACCGUCAGUUCCGAGGCACUCUUGAACCCCUUCUCAAGUCUAUCGUUGGGCUUCGGCCUACUGGUCAUGGGCGCCUCAUGCUUCAUCUCCCCGAGUCAGUCCGGAAAGGCUGACGGCCUCAUCGCCCUCCUCUUGGUCUUCGUCAUCGUCAAACUCGUCUGGCCAGUCUUGGUUGACACCGCUCAAGUACUGCUCCAAACCGCCCCAGGCGAGAGCUCUUCAUUAGCCCCCAUAGCCACAGACCUGACUCGACGUCUCUCGAACCUCGAGAAAGACUCCCACCGAGCCAGCGUCCUGAAAACCUAUCUACUCCGAAUCGACCCGCCCAAGCUAUGGCGAUUAACCGCCAAUCCGACCGGGCCACUGGUCUGCACCCUCCCCGUCCUUGCCCGCCACGACACCCCCGCACCCGAGCUGCUCCGCUUGUCCGAGGCCAUCCGCGCCGCUCUCCAGCCACUCGCUCUCGAACUCACCGUCAAUGUCUCCCUAGGCAAACACGCCAAACUCGCCUCGUUUAGGAAGGGCCCGAGCGGUUGUGCACAUGCUCAUUCGCAUGGCCAUUCGCAUUCGCAUGACCAUUCUCAUGACCAUGACCAUGAUCAUUCGCACUCGCACUCUCAUGACCAUGGUCAUUCGCAUUCGCACUCUCAUGACCAUGACCAUUCUCAUCACCAUUCUCACUCCCACUCACAUUCAGAUCACCUUCACCACCACCACCACGGCGAGGAUUCGCUCGGCCAAGUCGACGACAACCCGCUCCUCUCCAGUCCUACGAUGGCUCUCGGCCACAUCUCGCCCGUCUCGGAGUCCGACGACUUCGUCGAUCAUCCCUUCGACUCCCCCUCCUCGAACGCCUCCGAGUCCGACUCCGACUCCGCCCCUAAUAUCGUCCAUAAUAACCUCGUCCAUCAUCAUCAUCAUCAUCUUUGUCAUUGAAUUCUUCUUGGCUUCUUUCCUGUGUUCAGGUUUUUUUUUCGUUUUUUUUUGGUUCUGAUUGUUUCAUCGCCUCCGCGUCGUUUGGUCCCCUUCGUUCGUCUCUUGUCUAUAUAUGCA